CAUGGUCCUCACAGAUCUGGACAUGAAAGCCAAGCAAUAUUAUGAGGUGCCAAUUGCGAUGAAGGCUGUGUUUGAUUACAUCAACACGUUUUCAUCACGCAUCAGAGAGAUGGAACAACUGAAACGUGAUGGGGUGACGUGUAAAAAAGAAGACAAUCCAAGAUCAUUGGAGAACUUUCUUUCCAGGUUCCGCUGGAGACGCAGGUUGUUUGUCAUAUCUGCACCAAAUGAUGAGGAAUGGGCCUAUCAGCAACAGCUCUAUGCACUAAACAGCCAGGCGUGCAACCUGGGUCUUCGCCAUGUAUCAGUACUGAAGCUGGUGGGCACAGAGCUGAUAGACAUGGGAGGAGUGUUGGAUCUUUACCCCAUCAAUGGAAGUGCAACGGUGGAGCGCGAGGGCAUAUCUGCCACUCUAGUGAAGGACAUUAGAAACUAUUUCCAGAUCAGCCCCGAGUACUUCUCCAUGCUGCUGGUGGGAAAAGACGGAAAUGUCAAGUCCUGGUACCCAUCCCCCAUGUGGUCCAUGGCCAUCAUCUAUGACUUGAUCGACUCCAUGCAGCUCCGCAGACAGGAAAUGGCUAUCCAGCAGUCUCUAGGCAUGCGCUGCCCGGAGGAUGAGUAUGGUGGCUAUGGCUACCACCAUGGCUAUCAUGAGGGGUACCAGGAUGGUUAUCAUCAAGGUUAUGGUUAUUAGGGUUUACGCUUUCAUAAAACAGUGUCAGGGUAGGAGAUAACUAAAAACUUCCCUUUUAACUGGUUUUACAUUUAUCGUAUAAAGCUGUUCAUUUUUAAAGAUGCAUCUCCUCUGCUACACAUCUGUCGGUGUAUAUCGUUUCACAUCUAUGGACAAUCUUUUGUAGAUAAAGACGUUAACAAAACAUUUGUAUUUAUUGGAUGUCUUCUCUAGAAGAAGUGAUCGUUUUUAAAGGUCACAACCUGCUUUUUCUUGUUAAACUAUGUUUUGAUAUUGUUACUCUAUAUUUAAAGAGCACUGUCGCUGUAUGUCUUAUUUAUAAACGUAUUAAUUGUACUUUAAUUUCA